AGAAUUUGUCUAUAAGUUGGCAGCCCCCUUAUGUUUGCUCUAACAAAAUGACUCACUUGGCCUUUUAAAAACAAAAUACAAGUUUAAAUAAUAAAGCAAUAAACAAGAUUCUCACCCCAGAAAAUUGCAAUGGGUUUGUUCGGCAAAACUCCAAGUAAAGACCCCAAAGAACAGGUGCAAGAAUGGACGCACAAAAUACGGAAGGAGGGAAACCAGCUGGAUCGGCAGAUACGGAGCAUUCAGCGCGAAGAGGAGAAAGUGAAACGCUCUCUAAAGCAGGCUGCCCAGAAGAACGACCGUGACACCUGCGUCAUUCUGGCCAAGGAAAUCGUCAACUCUCGGAAGGCCGUUAACCGCAUAUACACGUCGAAAGCGCAUCUAAAUUCCAUACAAAUGCAGAUGAAGAAUCAGUUAGCUACUCUGCGAGUCGCAGGAUCUUUGCAGAAGUCGACGGAAGUGAUGCAAGCAAUGCAAAACCUGGUUCGCUAUCCAGAGCUGGCUGGCAUCAUGCGCGACAUGUCGAAGGAAAUGAUGAAGGCGGGGAUCAUCGAAGAGAUGCUGGACGAAACCAUGGAUUCGCUGGAGGAGUCCGAGGAGCUUGAGGAAGAGGCGGCCAAGGAGGUCGACAAGGUUCUGUGGGAGAUAACCGAUGGCAAACUGGGUGAAGCUCCCUUGCCUCCAGAAGCUACGCCCGCGGACAAAGCUGCUGCUGCGCCGUCCCGCGUUGCAGUGCAAGAAGAAGAAGACGACGACGAUGAAGGCGAAGAGCUGCAGGAGAUGCAAAAGCGGCUGGCCUCGUUGCGCUCGUAGAGUUAAGUGGUUGCAUUUAGCUUAAAGUAGUGAUUCGUAACCCACAACCUGGCAGGUCCCUUUGAAAUUGUAACUCCGAUAAGCACGCGAACCUUGAACUCUGUUUAAACCAAAAUAAUCUUUGAAUAACAAUCCGUUUUUAUCUUUUAA